ACUACAUGAACCAGAGCCAGAGUGAAACCAGCAGGAGCAGCAGGUUGUCCGAGGUGUUGAAUCCCAACUACGAGGACCUGGGCCCGGGUUGGGCCGCCGCCUCGCCCCCCUUCCCCAUGGAGGACCUGAAGCCUUUCACCCGAGCCCCCGGGGGCCCCGAGUACCUGAACACCGCCCAGAGCUCGCUCCCCCUGGCCGCCGGCGACAGCCUCGACAACCCAGACUACCAGGCGGACUUCCUGCCCUCCGCCACUAACGCUGAUCCUGUAACGGGGAACGGCCUCUUCCUCCCGGCGGCGGAGAACCUGGAGUACCUGGGUCUGGGGGCUGCGAUGCACGCCCCCGUCCGCUAGGGGGCGCCGGCCUUCAGACACUUAAAGCUAAAGCUGUGAUGUUGUGG